GAUGUGUAUUUAAGUAAUCAGUUCUAGCCUCCCAAUCAUAUAAGCAAAUGUUUUAACUAUAAAUAGCAGAGCCAUAUAUAGGGGUCUUAUUUUUGUAGCUAGUCUCAGUUCUUUAAACCAUAAUGGGAAUUGUGACUUAUGAAGGCCAAAUUGAGAGCCCACUCCCACCAGCCAGACUGUUCAAGAUGCUUGUCCUUGAAUCUGAAACCUAUGUCUCCAAGGUGCAGCCUGAUGCUGUUACGAGUUUUGAAACUCUCCAAGGAGAUGGAGGACCUGGUAGCGUCAGGAAACUUACCUUUGGCGCUGGCAGCCCAAUGACUCAUGUUAUUGACACGAUUGAUUUUCUGGACAAAGAAAAUUUAACAUUUCAUUAUUCUAUAGUUGGAGGAGAUCCUACUCUGAUAGAUAAAAGUAUAAUUGAGAAAAUGUCUUUUGAACUUAAAUUUGAAGCAAGUCCUAAUGGUGGAACCAUUGCCACACGUAGCUGCAAGGGCUAUACGGUUGAUGGUGUAGAAGUGAAGGAAGAGGAAGUUAGGGCUGGUCUAGAAAAGACCAAUCAAAUCUUUCUGGGAGUUUUCAAGAUUUUUGAAGCUUAUGCUUUAGCAAAUCCUGAUGCAUAAUUGAUAUAUAUAUAUGUAUGCCUAGUUUGUUUUAGCAAACCUUUUGGUAUAUUUGGGUUUUUCUUGA